AUCACAACUCAAUUAAUAAACAUUAAUAAGCUAAUUACAAAGUUUGAAACAUCAUGUCUACUUACAACAAUUUGGUUGUCUUAGGUUUCCUCCUCAUCGCUGCUUCAGGUCUUGUUGAUGCAAGCAAUUACCCAAGAGGAAUAACCAAACAAGAUCAACAAAUGGAAGCCCAACUGAUAAAUAAUGCAGUUGUUGCUGCAAAACAAGAAUUAGCAGCAGUUAAAAAGGCUAUAGAUUUAAUUUAUGAAAACAAAAAUAAUAAUAAUAAUAAGGAAAUCAUGUUUGGAAAAUCAACAGAAAUAUCAUCAAAAGAAACAGCAACAGAUAAUAAUAAUCUACAAUGUGUAGUAGCAGGAGGACCAUGCACUAUAUUCUAUCAAGAUGGCUGUUGUUCUGGUCUUUGUUAUCCUGUUUUUUGGCUUCUUAUUGGCAUCUGCCAGUAAUUAAUUAAUUAAUUUAGAUAAUCUCCUUAUAAUUAACUAUAAUUAAAUAAAACUAAGAGAUAAAGAGGGAGAUUUAUCAUCUAUAUGCAUGGUGUACUGUUAUAUAUUGUAUGUCUAAUAAAAGUGCUCUUAAUUAAGUGAAUGUAUGGAAUAAAUUACUUGUUUAGAAGUAGCUUAUAUAUGCAUGGAGAAGGUCUUAUGAAGUUCUCACAGAAAAAUUUCCAUGUCUUCUUAUAGGCUUCUUCUUGUAGUAUUAUGUAUUGUGAUGUACUUUUAUAUGUGAAUUUUCAAUAAAGUGUGUAUGGAUUAAU